UUGAGCUGUAUUUUGGGAGCAAUAUAGCAAAAAGGAGUAAAGAUAUGGUAAUUACAAGUUAAACUUGCGAUUAUGGAAGUGCUUCCUAUGUCGGAUGUUCAGCAUGUUGAAGAUUCCGAUUCUCCAAAGAUUUCUGGGACUGCUUUGUUCUAUGAUGGACAGCAAUCGAACAACUCCAUCGAUCGUGAACAAGCAGCGCAGACGGCAAAUGGUGGACUCAAUGACUUAUCGGUGAAUGUGGAAGACGCACAAAUUAACAGCAAAUGUGAUUCUCAAGCGGCUCCUCAAUAUUUGCCUGCUUCGGGCCACUCUAGUUCGGAUUCAUAUUCUAACUAUCAGAUGAAUGACCAGAAAGCAUCUUGUGGUUCCCCGGAGUCUGAUUUUGAUGAUACCAACACAGAGAAUUACUCCACGGAAUCCUGUUUAGCAUCUGAAAACUCUCGUAUAGUUGUCGAUACCAUUGAAGAUGAAUUGCCUAGCAACAGUAAAGCAGAGGAGUUGUCUGUUUCUGGGCCGGAGCCAAUGUGGUUGGAAGGGGAUGAAUCUGUGGCACUUUGGGUGAAGUGGAGAGGGAAGUGGCAGGCAGGAAUUAGAUGUGCAAGGGCUGACUGGCCAUUAUCUACUUUAAAAGCCAAACCUACACAUGACAGGAAGAAGUAUUUUGUGGUCUUUUUUCCACACACAAGGAACUAUUCUUGGGCGGAUGCAUUGCUUGUUCGUUCUAUUGAGGAAUUUCCACAGCCUAUUGCAUACAAGAGUCAUAAAGCUGGUUUAAAAUUGGUUGAAGAUGUAAAAGUUGCAAGGAGAUUUAUAAUGAAAAAACUUGCUGUUGGCAUGCUAAAUAUCAUAGAUCAAUUCCACCUCGAGGCUCUGAUAGAGAGUGCUCGUGAUGUAAUGACUUGGAAGGAGUUUGCCAUGGAAGCUUCCCGCUGUAAUGGUUAUUCUGAUCUUGGUAGAAUGCUCCUGAAGCUGCAGAAUAUGAUAGUGCAGUGCUUCAUGAAUUCAGAUUGGCUUCAGAAUUCUUUGAAUUCUUGGGUGCAACGAUGUCAAAAUGCUCAAACUGCAGAAAUUAUUGAAAUGCUCAAGGAGGAAUUGGCUGAUGCUAUUUUGUGGAAGGAAGUGAACUCUCACGGUGAUGCACCAGUGCAGCCUACUUUUAGUUCUGUGUGGAAAACCUGGAAGCAUGAAGUUACAAAAUGGUUUUCAAUAUCUCCCAUCCUUCCCAUUAUCAGAGACAAAGAGCAGCGGAGUGUUGAAGCUUUCUUAGCUACAACUCUCCAAGUUAGCAGGAAGAGGCCCAAGCUUGAAAUUCGUCGUGCAGAGGCACAUGCUUCCCUGGUGGAAUCAAAGUGCUCAGGUGAUGCUAUGGCUCUUAAUAUUGAUUCAGGUUUUUUCAAAAGCCGGAAUAGUUUAAAUGCUAAAUUAGCAUCAGAAGCUCACAAAGUAGAGGCAAGGGAGGUUGCUACAUCAGUAGACUCACUCAGUAUUGUACCUGGUAGGUCAGGUGGAGUUCAAACUGGAAAUUUGCAGCUAGCCUCUUGCAAGGAUGUGGAACUGAUGCCUCAUACUGACGUAGUAGCAGAAAAACCCUUUAAUUCUGGUAAUAGGAAUCGACAGUGCAUAGCAUUUAUUGAAUCCAAGGGAAGGCAGUGUGUUAGGUGGGCCAAUGAGGGUGAUGUUUACUGUUGUGUGCAUUUAUCAUCUCGAUUCACAGGCAACUCUGAUAAGAAAGAACAGACUCGUUCUGUUGAAUCACCAAUGUGCCAAGGUACUACUGUUCUUGGAAGUAGGUGCAAGCAUCGAUCUCUAUUUGGCUCUUCAUUCUGUAAGAAGCACAGACCAAGGAGUGAAACAAAAUCAGAGUCAAAUUCCCUUGAAAAUAAGCUUAUCGAGAAGCAACAGGACAUUUAUAGUGUAGAAGCCAUCGGGUAUAAAGAAAUAAAGUUUGCUGAUGUUGGAAAUACCCUUGGAGUGGACAACGGUGAUGUGACCAAUAAUGGAAAUAGCUCAUCUGAUAAGCUUGAGCAUCGUGGAAAAGAAUCUAUUGCCACAGAGGUUCGACACUGCAUCGGCUCUUGUAUUGACAGCAACCCAUGUUUAGAAAGCCCAAAACGUCAUUCUCUAUAUUGUGAAAAGCACCUACCUAGCUGGCUCAAACGUGCAAGAAAUGGUAAGAGUAGAGUAAUAUCGAAGGAAGUAUUCAUGGAUCUUUUAAGAGACUCUAGCUCACAAGAGUUAAAGAUACAUUUGCAUCAAGCCUGUGAGCUAUUUUACAGGCUCUUUAAAAGUAUUUUAUCACUGAGGAAUCCAGUUCCUAUGGAGGUUCAAUUUCAGUGGGCCCUGUCUGAAGCUUCUAAAACUUUUGGAGUUGGGGAACAAUUUAUGAAAUUAGUUUGUCGUGAAAAGGAAAGAUUAAAAAGGAUAUGGGGAUUUGAUGCUGAAGAAGCACAACUUUCCUCAUAUUCGAUGGAAGUGCCAACUUCAGGUAAUUGCAAUGAUGAUAUGGGUAUCAGAUGCAAAAUUUGCUCUGAAGAAUUUCUUGAUGACCAAGCACUCAGUACUCACUUCAUGGACGGUCAUAAAAAGGAAGCACAGUGGCUAUUCAGAGGUUAUGCUUGUGCCAUCUGCCUGGACUCGUUCACCAAUAAGAAAGUUCUAGAAACUCACGUGCAAGAGAGACACCAUGCACCAUUUGUUGAGCAAUGCAUGCUUCUGCAGUGUAUUCCUUGUGGCAGCCAUUUUGGGAAUACUGAACAAUUAUGGUUACAUGUAGUUGCUGUUCAUCCUGUUGAUUUCAGAUUGUCAAAUUCUACUCAACAGCAUAACUCUUCUGCCGGGGAGGAUUCUCCAGUCAAACCUGAGCAGUGUAAUAUAGUUUCUCAGGAGAAUGAUAAAAAGAAUGUAGGUGGUUUACGAAAGUUUAUUUGUAGGUUCUGUGGUUUGAAGUUUGAUUUACUGCCUGAUCUUGGUCGCCACCAUCAAGCUGCACACAUGGGGCCAGGGUUAGUUAACUCCCGACCUGCAAAGAGGGGACUACACUAUUAUGCUUAUAAAUUAAAAUCUGGUAAACUUGGUCAUCCUAGAUUUAAGAAGACUUUAGCAGGUGCAUCAAAUAGGAACAGAAACAGAACAAAAGCUAGCAUGAAAAAACAUAUUCAAGCUUCAAAGUUACGGAGCACAGGAAGCAUAAACCUUCAACCUCAUGUGCCCCAGUUAGCAAGUUCUCGUAAAUUGACCCAAGGUUCAACUGUUGCGAAGGCAUUAGUUUCUGAGAUUCAAAAAAGAAAAUUAUCACCUAUCAAUAUUGACAUUUUGUCAAUUGCUCGCUCUGCUUGUUGCAAGGUCAAUUUUAAAGUCCUCCUAGAACAGAAGUUUGGAGUGUUACCUGAAUAUAUUUAUCUUAAGGCAGCUGAGCUAUGCAGGGAAAAAGGUGAAGUUAACUGGCAUAUCAAGGGGUUUGUUUGUCCCGAAGGAUGUGAGACAUUUGAGGAUCCUCUUUUGCUUCCCCAUUUGAUGCCUCAUCCAAAUGGUUUUGGGGACCACGAGAAUGCAUGCUCUCCUGAUCCUGUGAGUUGCAAAUGGGAAGCUCGCAGGUGUGGUUAUGUCAUUGGUUCUCAUCUUUCAAGCCAGCAGGUCAAGGAAAAUGUCAUCAUCUUGUGUGAAGAUAUAAGCUUCGGCCAGGAAUUAGUUCCUGUGGUCUGUGUAGCUGAUGAAGGUCGAAGGAACUCACCUGACAUACCUAUAGCUAACUCCGAUGAUCAAAAUGCAAGAUACUUCAUGCCUUGGGAGAAUUUUACCUAUAUUAAGAAACCAUUGCUUGAUAAAUCCCUCGCUAUUCAUACAGAGAGUUUGCAGUUCGGAUGUGCCUGCCCACAAUCACUCUGUUCUUCUGAAACAUGUGAUCAUGUAUACCUCUUUAAUAGUGAUUAUGAAGACCCAAAGGACAUUUAUGGGAAUCCCAUGCGUCGCAGGUUCCCAUAUGAUGAGAAUGGUCGGAUUAUUCUGGAGGAAGGUUACCUUGUCUAUGAGUGUAAUGAAAGGUGCAGCUGUAGUAGAACCUGUCCAAAUAGAGUGUUGCAAAAUGGAGUUCAAGUGAAACUUGAAGUCUUCAUGACAGAGACAAAGGGAUGGGCAGUAAGGGCUGGUGAACCCAUCCUGCGUGGCACAUUUGUUUGCGAGUACAUUGGGGAGGUGUUGGACGAGCAGGAAGCAAAUAGGAGACGAGACAGGUAUAACACUGAAGGCAACUGCUAUUUCUUGGACGUGGAUGCUCAUAUUAAUGACAUUAGCAGAUUAGUUGAAGGUUCAGCUAGAUAUAUUAUUGAUGCCACAAAUUAUGGAAAUGUUUCGAGAUUCAUAAAUCACAGUUGUUCACCAAAUCUUGUAACGUACCAAGUCCUUGUCGAAAGCAUGGAAUACCAAUGCUCACAUAUUGGAUUGUAUGCAAGCCGGGAUAUAGCUACUGGUGAAGAGCUGACAUUCAACUAUCGGCGCGAGCAAUUGCCCGGAGGAAAUCUGUGCGGCUGUGAAUCUUCGAGUUGCUGAGGCCACCUUUAUUACAUGUGAAGAACAUUUUCAACCUAUCAUUUGAGGGGAAAAAAAAUCUGGUACUUACAAGUUUGGAAAGAGAAGCAAGACAGGUUCUGAUAGCACAUGACCUGCACUUUUUGAGGAUUAUUUAUGGUCUUAUUCCCUCAUCUAGCCAAGCAACUCCAUCAGCCUGGAAACUUAGUUUUUGGAAUCAUAGAAAAAUGGUAAAAUAAAAUCUCUGUAUGUAGGAACUGAAGAAAUGCCCUCUGACCCCUCUAGUUUGUAGUUUCGGAUUUAUCUUAUUUUCACUGCUGAACCAACUUAGUUUAGCAAA